AUGCGCACCGCGAACAACCUCGGGAAAGCCUGGGACGCCGUCAUAUUCGGCGAGCCCACAGAACUCAAGUUAGCCGGCGGGCACAAGGGGAUACUGAGUUGUGUAAUUAGAGCGCAUGGGAAGGGCGGGCACUCGGGUUAUCCCGAACGGGGCGAGAAUGCGAUCGAUAUGUUGUUGACGGCGCUGGUGAAGCUGCGUGAGGCGGAAAUGCCGUGGAGUGAGAAGUAUGGGAACACGACUGUGAAUAUUGGGGUGAUUGAGGGGGGUGUGGCGGCAAAUGUCAUUGCUGAGAACGCGGAAGCAGCGUUAGGUAUCAGGAUUGCGGCGGGGAAGCCUGAAGCUGUGCGGAAGAUUGUGUUGGAGACGGUGAGGAGUGUGGAUGAGCGGCUGGAGGUCGAAUUUCCAGGCCCAGCGUAUGGGCCGGUGGAUAUCGAUGUGGAUGUGGAUGGGUUUGAGGCUAUCACGGUAAAUUAUGGAACUGAUGUGCCGAAUCUGGAGGGGAACCAUAAAAGGUAUUUGUAUGGGCCUGGAAGCAUAUUGGUAGCGCAUGGAGCGGAUGAGCAUUUGAGCGUGGUGGAUUUGGAGAAAGCGGUGGAUGGAUACGAGAGGCUGAUCUUGGGGGUCUUGGGUAAAAUUGAGGAGGGAAGAAGAGAGGUUCGUGAUCAGGAGCUGUGA